AUGCGGGCGCACGGGCCACCAAGUCGCCAUGUCCCCCAGCCCGUCGAGGACCGGCGACUGCGCGACCUCCAUGCCUCGACUCGUACCAACAUGGCAUCUCCGACCUCCGAAUAUGUGACUCUUGUGUCUUGUGAUGGCUUCGAGUUCAUAAUUCCGCGCAGUGCAGCAUGCGUCUCGGGCACUAUCCGCCGCAUGCUUGACCCGUCCAGCAACUUCUCUGAAGCCAUCACCGGUAGAUGUACUCUUGAGACCUUGACUGGCAUUGUCUUGGAGAAGGUCUGCGAAUAUCUCCUCUACAACGAAAAGCAUAAGGAUCAGGCCAAUGUAUCAGAUAUGGAUAUCCCUCCGGAGCUAUGUCUGGAGCUUCUGAUGGCUGCUGAUUACCUGGACACUUGA